CUUGCUCCCUACUCCUUCUCUUUCUUUCUUUCUCAGACAACUUAUACAAUAUACACACUUUUGAAGCCAACUCCGUUACCCUCUGCGACCUUUCUCUCUCACUCUCAGGUUUUUUCUUGUGCGGUUUAUCAUGGGGGAUAGUCAGUAUUCGUUUUCUCUCACCACAUUUAGCCCUUCUGGGAAGCUUGUUCAGAUUGAGCAUGCUUUGACGGCUGUUGGGUCUGGACAAACGUCGUUGGGAAUUAAAGCUGCAAAAGGAGUUGUCAUUGCUACUGAGAAAAAACUGCCAUCUAUAUUGGUUGAUGAAGCAUCAGUUCAGAAAAUUCAGUUAUUAACACCAAAUAUAGGAGUCGUAUAUAGUGGCAUGGGUCCCGAUUUUCGAGUUUUGGUUCGAAAAAGCAGGAAACAGGCUGAGCAGUAUCACCGUUUAUAUAAAGAACCAAUCCCUGUCACUCAACUUGUCAGGGAAGUUGCUGCUGUAAUGCAGGAAUUUACUCAGUCUGGUGGUGUUAGGCCGUUUGGAGUGUCCCUGCUAGUUGCUGGGUUUGAUGAUAAUGGGCCACAAUUAUAUCAGGUGGAUCCAUCAGGUUCAUAUUUUUCUUGGAAAGCUUCGGCCAUGGGGAAAAAUGUUUCUAAUGCAAAGACGUUUCUUGAGAAGAGGUACACAGAUGAUAUGGAGGUUGAUGAUGCAGUCCACACAGCAAUAUUGACUCUGAAGGAAGGGUUUGAGGGACAGAUCUCGGGAAAAAACAUUGAAAUCGGCAUAAUUGGUCCUGAUAAAAAGUUCAGGGUAUUGACCCCAGCCGAAAUUGAUGACUAUUUGGCUGAAGUAGAAUAGUCUACAACGAAGAAAUCUUGUGCUCCUCAAGUUGUUAUUUCACAGUUGGGUUUAAUUGGUAGCUUAUAUACUGACUUUGUGAUGGCAAUAGUGAAUUCGCGAGCUACUCUUUGUGACCAGCAAGCCUUCAGAUAAACCUUUUUCAAAAAACAAACCUUGCGGCAUUGACUUCUUAACCAAUAUCGCUAAUUUAUUUAUUUUCCUUUUAGAAUCUCAAGUUUCUUAUCUCUGUCAUUUUAUAUAUUGCCAGGUAAGUUCAAUGCAUUAUGAUUGCACUGGGAUCUCAAA